AGUAUAUAGAGAAGGACUCUGUACUCCACAAUGUGUUCCGUGAAAAAAGGGUUUGUUACUAUUGACACUGAUGAUUUAAGUCCCUCUCCUUUUUGCAUGCUCUGAUCCGCAUCCGUGAAUACUUAACCCAGUGGUAACUGACCCAGUGGUUGCCUUGGAGACGAAUAGUAACUAGCUGCUCUUUCCCUUUCCCCAGGUCACUCCGGGAAGCAAGGCUGCUUUAGCUAAUUUAUGUAUUGGAGAUAUGAUCACAGCCAUCGAUGGGGAAAAUACCAGCAAUAUGACGCACUUGGAAGCUCAGAACAAAAUCAAGGGCUGCGUAGACAACAUGACUCUCACAGUAUCCAGAUCUGAACAUAAAGUCUGGUCUCCUCUAGUGACAGAGGAAGGGAAGCGUCAUCCGUACAAGAUGAAUUUAGCCUCUGAACCGCAAGAGGUCCUGCACAUAGGAAGCGCCCACAACCGGAGUGCCAUGCCCUUCACCGCCUCGCCGGCCUCCAGCUCUGCCCCCAGGGUCAUCACAAACCAGUACAACAACCCCUCCGGCCUCUACUCCUCUGAAAACAUCUCCAACUUCAAUAGUGCCUUGGAGUCAAAGACAGCAGCCAGCGCACCUGAGACGAAUGGCAGAGCCUUAGAGCCUUCUCAGUCUCCAAGUGGACUCGUCAUCAGCAAAGAAUCCGAAGUUUACAAGAUGCUUCAGGAGAAACAGGAGUUAAAUGAGCCCCCGAAACAGUCCACUUCAUUUCUGGUGUUGCAGGAAAUCCUGGAAUCUGAGGAGAAAGGGGAUCUCAACAAGCCCUCGGGAUUCAGAAGUGUUAAGGCUCCGGUCACCAAAGUGGCUGCAUCGAUUGGAAAUGCCCAGAAGUUGCCCAUGUGUGACAAAUGUGGCACCGGCAUUGUCGGCGUGUUCGUGAAGCUGCGGGACCAUCACCGCCACCCCGAGUGUUACGUGUGCACCGACUGUGGCACAAACCUGAAACAGAAGGGCCAUUUCUUUGUGGAAGAUCAGAUCUACUGUGAAAAGCAUGCCCGAGAGCGGGUCACCCCACCCGAAGGCUACGACGUGGUCACUGUGUUCCCCAAGUGAACCGGCAGAUCCUCGCCGAACACUGUUCUUGUUGCCACCCGUCUCUCAACGCCUGGCCCUCUCCCGUCUUGGAAGCUCCUGCUUCCUUCGGUUUGAUUCCUGCUCAGUAAACGUUGCGGCCCCUGCCUUUGCUAACUGACUCCACUGCUGCGUGAUGCCUGCUUUUAUAACAGGAGGAAGAUGGCUCUGCUCAGUGUCCCCCUGCUGACAUCUCUCUGUCUUCUCUUCACCUCAGUUCCUCUCUGCUGCAAACGGACAUCAGCCAAAUUUGAACCAAACUGAAUUUAAUGUGUCUGCCAUUGAUUUUGUUUUUACUCAAUAAAUUUAAAGACUGUAAG